UACUUCCGGGGUACAGGUCGCUUCCGCUCUUAGGCGGUGCAGGCGGCUCUCCGAAAAAAAAUGGCGGAGCCCUCUUCCCGCUCGACCUUCAGCUACCGGCCGGCCCCCCUGGCCUCGCUGCCCCGGGAGCUUGACCCGAACGAGUACAAUGAGCCCCCGGAGAAGCGCCAGGCCCAGGCGGAGCGUCUGGCGCUCCGCGCCCGCCUCAAGCGCCAGUACCAGACGCAGCUCAACGACCCGCACCAUACGCAGCUGAUCGAGGACCCUGCCAUGAACCGUUGGACCUAUGCUAGAACGUACAACAUUUACCCCAAUUUCCGGCCCACUCCCAAGACUUCCCUGUUGGGUGCGUUGUCUGGGAUCGUAAAGAGAAACUUAUUCAGGAAGGCAAGGACAAGCGACCAUUCGCUCUUACUUUCUAAGUUCCUGGGAAUUGGAUGUUGCAGUGCUGCUGUUGGGCUAUUCAUAGAAAGUGCUGUGUAUUGUACAUUGAUGAAAAGACUAAUCCUCUAUCAAAAUAAACUUUAUAUUAUUACAGUCAUAGGAUCAUGACUUACUGUAGAAUCUUCUUGUCUAACACUGAAACCAAUCAGAUUACAGACAGAAUGUGUACAGGAAUUUUAAAAAGACAUUAAUUUGUGCCCUUGGAUGCAUGUUCAGAGUUUCCAUCUAAUCCAUGAGAGCCACAUGCCUGUAUCUAAGAGUAGCCUCAGGAUGAAUUUUAAAAUUUAUAGCAGGCUAAAGCAUCAAGUAGGUCCAAGAAAUGAUCUGAGUGGCUGUCUUGUUGUGUUUUCAGAAUUUGUCUUGGACUCAGUUUAGUUAUGUAGCUGUAUUCACUCUAAUCGAAUAUUGGGCAACUUCUAAUUUCAUAUUUUGAAUAAUUCAUUAAAUGGGCUGAGAAGGU